CUACAUCCGUCAAAACCGAGAGGGCGGCGAAGCAGGUCGGCUUCUUCAACCCCAGGCCAGCCGGGCAGCCACCAUCCCCAACCUACGCCGAGUCCUGCCACCAUUGAUCGCCGAGUCGUCUCAGUUCCCGAGCCCAGCCACCAUCGCCAACCUACGCCGCCUUCGCCAGCCCAGCCUCCUCCGCCUCCAAUUUCCAGAAUGGAUAAUGUGCAAAAAGGAAAAGACGAUGGCCAAUCAACUCCUGUGGAGAUGCAAGGGACAGGCUCAUCAAGUGGUAGUUUGUUGGGAUUGAUUCAAGAAAGGUACUACAAGAUCAAAGAGAAUGCAGAGACAUACCCUUACGUGUGGGGGUCGUACAUUGCAGUGUAUGGAGGAUUAGGCCUUUGGCUUGUCUACAGAGGGAUGAAACUCCGUAAAACGGAAGAGAGGGUUCGAGCUCUUCAAGAGCAACUGCGCCAACUCGUUGAAUCUCAAGAGCAUGGAGGCGCAUCUGUUUCUGGAUCUAGCAGUAGGGCUCGCCCACCACAGGAUAAAACCACUGAUUAAAUGGUAUGUUAUGAUCCCUUUCGUGGUUUUUCAUUAUUAUUUUUUUGGGUCUUUUAUGACUUUCUUUGGAAGAGAAGAUCCACAUUGGAAGUAGAGAACUGAAGGCUUUAACUUAAUCAUCUUGACAGUACAAGGAAUGGUGUUAACCUGCAUUUCUAUUUGCUUAAGAAUUAUUUAAUGACACUUGUGUGGUAGUAUUAUAAUGCAACAUGUAUUUAUCUUUUACAAACAAGUACUCUGUAUUAUAGUCCGACUUCUGGCAUUCUAUAGUACCAAACUACUCGUACUAUAAUGUGUAGCUUGCUUCAAUUCUUGAUUAAUGAAUUUUCUAUCUUUCA